CGUAAACCUUGCAAACAUGGCGACGCUCCGAAGACAGUACGGAGAUUGGAAAUACGAUCGAUUUUAACCAAGAAAAUCACCUCCUCUUCGCAUGUUACAAUGUGGUGGGGUUAGCCAGAGCCGCCGCAACUUACAGCCUUUUAGACGAUGUUUGCAGAGGCCAGUCUGUCCAUCUGGGGAUGGGGGGGUCUUGGAGUUGUGCUGUUCCUCGUCACUUUUGGACCCUUUGCCAUAUUCUACCUGGCCUUUUAUAUCUUCUGCUUCAUUGGAGGGGGCUUUGCGGUCACUUUGCUUUAUGGAAAGAUUAACUCGGAGAAACACCUGGAAAAGUGCGAGCACUCGUACUUACCACCCACACAAAUUGGUAUACUGAAGACGUUGGAUGAGAUGAAGCUCGAAAUGAAGCCUAUAAAAAUUGACAGAAGACUCACAGGCUCUAGUUUCAUAGAUGAACCACUACAGCAGGUGAUCCAGUUUGCACUGAGAGACUACAUCCAAUACUGGUACUACACCCUGAGCGAAGAUGAGUCCUUCUUACUAGAGAUCAGACAGACGCUGCAAAAUGCCCUUGUCCAGUUCUCCACACGGUCCAAAGAGGUGGACUGGCAGCCUUACUUCACCACUCGCCUGGUGGACGACUUUGCCACACAUUUACGUGUUUUCAGAAAAGCCCAGGAUCGCCUCGGUGACAGAGAAGACAAACUAAGGGACAUAACAGACGAACUGAUGGAGUCUUUCUUUGAGGCUGAGGUGGAGAUGGAAAGGAAGAUUUGUCGAGAUGUUGUGUGCACCUCACACAAAGAUGAAGAAGGGUUUCUUCGGGACUUGUGUGAAUUGCUUCUCUACCUGUUACUACCUCCUGGAGACUUUCACAAUAAGAAUAUGAGAUACUUCCUAAGGGAGGUGCUGGCACGUGGUGUGCUGCUUCCUUUGAUCAACCAGCUGAGUGACCCAGACUACAUCAACCAGUUUGUCAUAUGGAUGAUCCGGGAUAACAGCUGUAACUAUGAAGCCUUCAUGAACAUCCUGAAGUUAACAGAUAAGCCUGCUGAGCUGGAGGCCGUUAAAGACAAGGUGCUGGAGGAGCUGCAGUUUCUCCGCUCCCUGGACACUGCUGGAGACGACAUUAAUGUGAUCAAGAACCAGAUCAACAGUCUUCUGUUUGUGAAGAAGGUGUGUGAGACCAGGAUCCAGAGACUGCAGUCUGGCAAGGAGGUUGAUGCCUUUAAGCUGGCAGCCAACUUUGGAAAGCUGUGUGUCAUCCCGCUGGAUCACAUCCUCGUCCACAACAUAGCCCUGCAGUUCUUCAUGGACUUCAUGCAGGCAGCGGGGGCCCAGGCCGAGCUGUUCUUCUGGCUCACAGUGGAGGGAUACAGGGUGACGGCGCAGCAGCAGCUGGAGGCCAUGCAGAGCUGGCAGAAGGACGGCAAUAAGCAGCCUAGUGCCACUAAAGGGCUGCUGAAGGCAGCUGCACUGGGUGUCUAUGAACAAUACCUCUCUGACAAGGCGUCCCCCAGGGUGCAGGUGGACGAGGCAUCACUAACAAGGCUUGGGGAGAAGCUACGGAAAGACGACCCCACGCCAGAGAUAUUUGAUGAAAUCCAGAGAAAGGUGUAUGACAUGAUGCUACGCGAUGAGCGGUAUUACCCGUCCUUCAAGCAGAGCCCUCUCUAUGUCCGCAUGCUUGCAGAGCUGGACAUGUUGAAAGAGCCAAGCUACCGAGGGUCUGAUGAUGGUGAUGGAGAGUCCUUUAAUGGUUCUCCAACAGGAAGCAUAAACCUAUCUUUGGAUGACUUGCCCAAUUCCUGCCAUGAUGAAUCUAUGCACCUUCAUGCCUUCAUCUCUGACACAGCUGAUGCUUGUCUCCCCGGCUUCUGGGGUGCUGCAGGGGUGUGCAAUGACCACGGUAAGACCUACGCACUGUACGCCAUCACUGUGGUUAGACGCAACCAAGAUGGCAAUGAUGAAGUCUGGAAGACCUACCGCCGCUACUCAGACUUCCAUGACUUCCAUAUGAGAAUCACUGAACAGUUUGAGAACCUGGCAUCAAUCCUCAAGCUGCCAGGAAAGAAGACCUUCAAUAACAUGGACAGAGACUUCUUGGAGAAGAGAAAAAAAGACCUCAAUGCUUACCUACAGUUGCUGCUGAACCCAGAGAUGGUGAAGGCCUGCCCAACUCUGAUCCCUUACGUGUAUGACUUCCUAGAGAACAAGGCCUAUAGCAAGGGCAAAGGAGAGUUUGCACGGAAGAUAGACACAUUUGUGAACCCUCUGCGGAGCUCCAUGAGAAACGUGUCCAAUGCAGUAAAAGCCUUCCCAGACAGUUUAGCAGAGGGAGUGAACAAAGUCUCCGAUAACAUGGGCCGCAUGUCAGAAAAACUGGGUCAGGAUAUCAAACAAUCCAUACUGAAGGUGCCUCCACUCCUCCCCAAGUCUGAAAUCGACCCUGAGCACUGUCGAGUCUCUGCUCAGCUCGACGACAAUGUGGAUGAUAAUAUCCCACUCCGGGUAAUGCUGCUGCUGAUGGACGAGGUGUUUGAUCUAAAAGAGAAGAACCAGUGGCUGCGCAGGAAUAUUAAGAACCUUCUGCAGCAGCUCAUCAGGGCCACAUAUGGAGACACAAUCAACAGGAAAAUCGUAGAUCAUGUGGACUACCUGACGUCACCAGAGCAGGUGGCAGAUUACGUCAAGAGGUUCAGGGAUUCCUACUGGCCCAAUGGUAUUCUAGCUGAGACCCCACCCCGCCGGGACAAGAGCAUCCGCAUGAGGACACGAGUAGCUGCCAAAACCAGCCUUCUGGGAAUCAUGCCAGAUGAGCUGAAGCACAUCAUCGGAGCCGAUACCACGAGGAAGGGCAUCCUCCGCGUCUUUGACAUGUUUCAGUACCAACCCAUGAACCGUCGCCUAGUCUACGUUUUCCUGGAGGGCUUCCUGGAGACCAUGUUCCCUCAGUACAAAUUCCCCGAGCUCUUUGUCAAGCUGCACUCCCGUUCGCCACGCAUCCACAGAUACAACCAGAAACUGAAAUCCACCUCCCUCAAGAGGUGACAGGAGAGGACAGAGGCAGCAGGACAAGGGCCGAUAAGAUACACAGAGACUUGAGAGCUGAGGGUGUGAGUGGCAGUGGUGGGGAUUGAUAUGACUGUUGUUGAGGUGUGUGUGUGUGUGUGUGAGAGAGAGAGAGAGAAUUCUGCCCUUCCUCUUCCCUCACACAUUGCUGAAGGCGAAAUCACUCCAUUUUAUCUGGCUGAUUAUUUCUGUCAAGACAGAAACGAAGGAUGUGUAACACUCGUACACACGCGCAGACACAAAUCUCAUAAUUUGCACCAAGACUGAACUUGGCUGUGUUUUCUUUUUAGUUCCCCUGCUCCAUUUGAGACUUUUUUUUUUUUUAGUUGUGUUGAGGGUCAUUCUGGGCCAGCUGAUGCUGCUUUUUCAUGGCCCAGAGAGCCCAACCACAGAUAUCGUUGUUUUUAAACUGCAGGACUCAAUAGCAUUAGACCCACACCUUGCCUUACCUUCCUGCUUCUAUCUGUUGGCCAGUGCGGUCCUCCUCCACGUCAGCGAAGUGGCCGCACAGCUGUAAUCAAACCCACCCUCAUGCUGUAGACAUCUAAGCUGCAAAAAUCACUUGCAAACUGUGUUUUCGCAACCAAAAAACGUCGAUUGCACUGGGUUUAAGAGCCGCUGUUUUUAAAAUGUGACAAAUAUCUUUUUUUUUUUCCUCCUCAGCCUCAGUGCUUGUCUUGACUUUCAUCCACCCUUUCUCUCUCUCUCUCAAGUCUUAGAUCACCCGUACUUCCCUCGAUCAUCCAAUCAAAGAACCCUUUUUAAUGCUACUCUCAUAUCCUGCAGCAACCAAAGCUCAUGCUGUUCGUAUGUGUGUGUGUACUGUUCUGACAUUGGGGAAACAUUACUGUGUUUCAUAUCACGUAAAGAAAAAGAAUGCAACGUUGACCUUUAAUGACCUGUAAGGUGAGGCUGUGACGACACACUGAGGUGUGUUAUUGUCAGGAACGGCGCGCUGACUAUUCAAGAAUGUACUCUCUGGUCUGUUCUGUAUCUGGCUCGAGCAGAAGUCUGUGUGUGUGUGUGCGUGUGUGUGUGUUUAGCACAAAGAUGCAACCCUCUUCUGUUGGAAACUGUGCCAGUGUGAGCUAGGGGAACCAGCCUUAAGUCUAUAUACAGUGUACACUGACCAAGAGAUGCACGCUAGAGGUAGCUCUCCUUCACAUGACUGAACAUAACAAGGAAAUCAGGAUAGAGAUAUGGAGAUGUGUCCCUAACCACCUUUGGUCAGAGGAAAAACGACUUGGAUUUGGUGCAAUAUUUUUUUGUUUUCUUUAAGGCAUGUGCAUUUUUGAAUCAUUGUAUUACUGAAAAUUGUUUUAAUAGUAGAAAAAGCGAGAGCUCUUUUCCCAGAGAUGUCCUCUUACCCCAACAACUUAACAUUCCGUUGUUAUAAAAGUACAAUGUUUAAUUUUACAGACUUGUUUUAUAAGUCUGAUUUUUCUUUUUUAGAUUUUUUUUCUUUUUCUUUUCGGUGUGCAGGGGGUUAUUUUCCCAUUUAUCCCCAGCCGAGUCUUGCAGAAAUAAUCAGAGAUGAUUAUUAGACUGUGGUGGGGGGACAGCUACUUCAGAGGUGGCCUUGAACAACUGCUCUUUCUUUCAUGCAUUCAAGCCUGUGAAGUGUGAAAAGAGGUUUGUUAUUAUGAACUGACCGCUGAAAAGACUCCCCCCCACUCACCCCACUUCGACACCCAAAAAUUGGGUGAGACAGGUUCACAGAAGAGCUGUGUCUUGUGACCACUAGAAUCACUACUAAUAAGCACUUACUGUAGCAAGUGUGGGAGUCCCACUCCCCCAUUGACUAAACGGCGCCCCAUUCUGCUGCAGUCAUUGGAUGGAAACUUCCUCGUCUGCUGUGAUUUGCUUGCACCGAGCUGCCCCGAUGGACUCUGAUUGGCUGAGCCGGACAACAUGGCUUGGACUGGACUGGAGCCUCUCUUACUAGGAGGUGAAUAAUGUGUCCCUUAUGAUGGCGAAGGCGGUAUCACCUUUAACUUUCUGCACACCUCUCCAUACAGGAAGGCUCAUGUUUUUUUUAACCCCAGUAUAUAUGAAUAUGAUAAUGAAAAUUGUGCAUAUCUGUGUACAGUAUGUGUUAAUAGUGUGCCUAAACGUACUGUCAACUCUAUUUUCAUAUUUUUCUUUAACCUACAAAAAAAGAAAACAUCAGAAUGUCAUGAUCAUUUUAAGCGACUGAAAAAUGACUUUAGGGUGUUUUGGUUUAUUUUGGCAUCAUGCUUAUCAAAAUUUUCCUUGUGAGCAUUGUGCUCAGAACAGUAUAACACUAAUAAAAAGGUAACUCAGACUAACUGAACCACAGUGUGCAUGGUGUGUAAGUAUUUGCUUGCAGCAUUUCUUUUUUUGUAAAGAUUCCAUUCAAUUGGAUACGGUAUGUAACUGCUAUUUUUUUUCACACUGCUGAAGGGUUUCCUAACAGCUUCUGGAAGAUCAGUCACAUGAGGCGGACUUAUUGGUGCUCUGGCAAUUGGAAAGUCCUCCAACAGGUGUGAAGAGCUGUGUGAGCUGCUAUAGUGUGAUAAGUGCAGUCCUGACACUUUUGGGCACUGUUUCUUUAUCAGUAACACAGAUGGCUGCCGCAAAAAACACAAAUGCAAAGUAUGGAAAAACAAAAGGUAAACAAUCACAGGAGCAGCAACUGACGAGAAAGCUACAGAAGUUAAAGUUAAAUCAGGGUCAUGUGCUUUACUGAAUUAACUCCAUGUUUAAUAAUCUUUUUCAUAAUCACCAUGUCGACUCUGUACGGUGAACGCCUAAAAGGUUUUCCAAAUCUGCCAGUCCUUGAAAUUCCACAACUGAGAAGAAGGGAAAAAAUAAAACAGACUGCCUUUUUUUUUUUUAAAUCACACAGUAGGAGUCGGCCCUGCUGUCUUUUUAAAACUGGUUAUUGGCUUUGUUUUUACAGCAGCUGUUUCAGUGUGUCGUUUCAGGGUAAACAUAAGGAUAAUUAUUAACAUUUAUUAAUGUCCUGUUCCACCAAGAUGACAUGAGACAGCUCACUGGCAUGUUAGAUAUACACAACAGGAGCUCAGUAAAUCUUAUCAAUACUGGUGUUUACCAUGCUGGGAUAAGAUAGAAUGUCUGUUGUGAAAAAGGCCUAUUUAAUAUUGCCACACACUGAAGAAGUUAGAGAUUAGCUACAGAAGACUUAAACUGUUUUUAAUACUUGGGAGGUUGUCCUGAGACAUCAAGGCAGUUUGACCUGAUUUACUGUUUUUAUAGUAACUACUUAGUCGCAAACUGUGUACUACCUGCAAAGGUUUUGAACUGUAAUCUCCAGGUAGUGUUCCAGUGAUAUACUAGUGAACCAAGAUGCAAAAUGGCACGGUUUCAUGCACCCACUGUCAGUUUAACUGUGCUUUUUCUGUUUUGACAUUUUAAAAAGUGUAAUGUGAAAAAGGUCAGUCAGUGACAACAUAAUGAUGAGAGCUGAGUAUGCAAGUAGUGUGCAUCACCAUUGGUUUCACAUUAUUGUACUACAAUAAAUCAUCUUUAAUGCAGGUAAUAAAACGAGUCAACAUUAUUUACCACACACGUCUGAUGCUGACAGAGACUUAAACUCACACAUAUAGACAAAUAGUUGUUUUAAUUUAAGAAGUCAGCAGCUUCCAGCAGUAGAGCACAUAGUCCAGCCAUACAACGUCAGCACACAUCCACUGUCAUUACAGGUCUCUGCAGGCUGUCGAGAGCAGUGUCUUUGCCUCGGUGUCCGGUGAAUGGCCCCACGCAGUCCUGAGCUCAUUUCCACGCACGCUUUCUAAAGAGUCCUCA